AUGGCUCUGUUUCUCUUAGUUCUUGUUCUAACGUUUCCAUUGACAAAUGCUGAGUGGCCGCUGUCGCCGGGCUACUGGCCGAGCUCUGAGUUUAGGCUGAUGAGCUUCCAUUAUGCGUUUAAAAAUCUAUGGGGUUUUAACCAUCAGAGCGUGGAUCAAAAUGCAUUGAUGAUUUGGCUUGACAGAAGUUCAGGAAGUGGGUUCAAGUCAAAUCGACCAUUUCGUUCGGGUUAUUUUGGAGCUUCUAUUAAAGUUCAUCCUGGCUAUACUGCAGAUAGAGGUCGGAAUAGGCCCGACCGGCCUACAAGGCCUACGGCCUGGUUUUUAAACAGGCUUUUAAACAGAUUCCUAGUGGAUGAUGUGCCCAUAAGAAGAUACCCAAGGAAGGGUGCUGAAACAUUUCCUCUAAGGCCAAUGUGGCUAUAUGGUUCAAUAUGGGAUGCCUCUUCACGGGCCACAGAAGAUGGCAAAUACAAGGCUGAUUACGAUUACCAACCCUUUGUUGCAAAGUUCACCGGUUUCAAAGCCGGUGGUUGCUCCGCUUACUCUUCACCUAUGUGUCGGCCGAUAUCGAUUUCCCCUUUUCGGUCUGGCAGGCUAACCGGACAUCAAUGUAGAGCAAUGAGAUGA